UUGUUCACCGUCUUCUUCUUCAACUGAGAGUUUCGUAUGAAUCACAUUCCAACCGUUUAUUCUCCAAUGACAUCCAUUUCUAAACCGUUCAAUGGCACAAUCUUCCACACACAUCAUUCAUCUUCUUUUCCUCAUCAAUUUCGACAACACCUCCAUUCUCACGUAGUAUCAAUCACACUCCGCCACAAAAGCAUCAAAAUCUCAGCACACGCCGUUCCUCCUCUUCCUCAAAAUCACACCGUCGUUGGAUUCGGAAUGACGACGGUGGAUUUCUUAGCUACUGUAGACGGAUAUCCAAAACCAGAUGAUAAGGUCCGAACAACUUCCUCCAAGGUUCAAGGAGGUGGAAAUGCCGGAAAUGCUUUAACUUGCGCUGCUCGACUUGGCUUGAAACCGAAACUCAUCUCCAAGGUUGCUGAUGAUGCUCAAGGAAAGAGCAUAUUGGAGGAACUAGAAGCUGAUUGUGUUGAUACUUCCUUUAUUGUUGUAUCCAAGGGUGGCAGUUCAACAUUUUCGUAUGUACUAGUAGACACCCAAACAAAAACUCGCACAAGUAUUUACACCCCUGGAGAUCCUCCCUUGGUGCCAGAUGAUUUGUCCCAGUCAAUGUUAUUGUCUGCAUUUGAUGGAGCAAGAUUAGUAUAUUUUGACGGAAUGUCUACCGAAACUGCUCUAUUUGUGGGACGAGAGGCAGCUCGCAAUAAUAUUCCUAUUUUAGUUGAGGCAGAAUCACCAAGGGAAGGGUUGGAUGAGCUAUUGACGCUUGCUGAGUUUGUUGUAUGUUCAGCAAGGUUUCCACAGGCUUGGACACAGUCACCAUCGAUCCCGAGUGCGUUGGUUUCAAUGCUUUUAAGAUUGCCAAAUAUCAAGUUUGUGAUUGUGACUCUGGGUGAAGAUGGUUGUCUAAUGUUGGAAAGAAGUGCAAAUGAGGAUGUCGGCUUAGAAGAAAGGAAUGUGGAGAGCUUCUUAGAACUCCUGUACAAAGAGAAAGAUGAAAGGUUGGCUAUUCCAACCUGUAUAUCAUCGGUGGUGACAAAAUUCAGAGUAAAUGGAUUAGGGACAGUGUGUGGGAGAUUCUUUAUUGGAACAGCAGAGAAGAUACCUGAUUCUGAGCUUAUUGAUACCACUGGUGCUGGGGAUGCAUUUAUUGGAGCAAUUAUGUAUGCCAUCUGCUCAAACAUGGCACCAGAGAUAAUGCUACCAUUUGCUGCUCAAGUGGCAGCUGCCAAGUGUAGAGCUUUGGGAGCUCGAACUGGUCUUCCGCAUCGAACAGAUCCACGCUUGGCGUCCUUUUUAAGCUAAGCAGGGACACUGCUAUCCCAUCCAUGAUUUGUUUUUUUAUGUAGUGUUCAAGUUGUUUACUUUGUGGUUCUUUAUUCAUGUAUUCUAAAACGUCCUAUGGUUUGUACAGAAUUUUUUUUUGGUUACGUGGUUUGUACAGAUUUGUGACUUUAUGAUGAGUACAAUUAUAAUUUUUAACAGGUAAUAAAUAUUUCUUUAAAUGUGA